AUGUAAUAAAAAAUUAAUUACGCACGAUUAUUAAGAUAUCAAUUUACCAACUAUAAGAAUUAUGGUUAGCUAAACCAAGUUAAGCUGGAUAGAGGAUUGUUGGAGAAUAUAGAGAAUAAGCAAUAUCACUACAUUUAGUAUUAUAGAUAAAAUGGACAUUUGGUAGCAUAAUUGGAUCCAUUAGGAUUGUUAGAGAGGUAUAUAGAGAGAUGAUAAAUAAAUAGUAAAUAGAAAGAGAUGCCAGGAGUGUUAGAUUUUGGAAUAAAAUACAACGAUGAUGUCAACGUUAAUAAUAUUUUGAAGGGUACGAUAAGGAGUAUAGAAGAAUUGGAAGAAUAUGUGAAUAAAUUAUAUGCAUAAAGUGUGGGAGUGGAAUUUGAAUAGGUUGAAGAUCCAGAAGAGAAGAGAUGGCUUUAUGAAAAUUAUGAGAAUAAUAUGAAUGAAUAAAUAACAUAAGCGGAUCGAGUGAGUAUUCAUAAUUUGUUAGUGUAAAUGGAAGCAAUAGAUCAUUAUUAUCAUAAAAAGUUCACAACUUUUAAAAGAUAUGCAGGAGAAGGCGGAGAAGGUGUAAUAGUGGCUUUAAGAGCAAUUUAUGGUUAAGCUGCAGAUUCAGGAGUGACAGAUAUAGUUUAAUCAAUGGCACAUAGAGGAAGAUUUCCAAUAAUGAGUAGUUUGUUAGAUUAUCCAGCAAGUGAUAUUUUUAGAAAAAUAAUGGGAGAAAAUGAUUUACCAUAAGAAUAUACAUUUGGAGUAGAUGAUGUGGUUCAUCAUUUAUCAACAUCAAAUAAAAAAAAGUUUAAUAAUAAAGAUUUAACAAUCACUGUAGUUCACAAUCCAUCACAUUUAGAGGCUGCUAAUCCUGUAAGUUAAGGAAAAGCUAAGGCUAAAUAAGAUGAUUAUAGGAAUAUUAAUCAAGUUUUAAAUUUAUAAUUACAUGGCGAUGCUGCUUUUGCAGGUUAAGGAAUUGUUUAUGAAAGUAUGUUACUUUCAGGAUUAGAUAACUAUUCUAAUGGAGGUACUGUUCAUAUUAUUUAAAAUAAUUAAAUUGGUUAUACUACUAAUAUUAAGGAUUCUCGUUUCUCUAGAUAUAGUUCUGAUCUUUUAUUAGCUUACAAAUAUCCUAUUAUUCAUGUCAAUGGAGAAGAUGUAGAAACGUUACAUAAAGUUUCUAAAUUUGCUGUUCAAUAUAGAUAAAUGUUUAAGAAAGAUAUUUUAAUCGAUAUUGUUACAUAUAGAAGAUAUGGUCAUAAUGAAGUAGAUGAACCUUCUUUUACAUAACCUAAUAUGUAUGAAAAAGUUAGAAAAACUAAAUCGUUACCUUAAAAAUAUAAUUAACUUUAUUUUAGAUAGGAAGAUUAUGAUAAGAUUAGAUAAAAAGUGUUUGCUUAUUUAGAUUCUGAAUAUGAGAAAGCUAAAACAAUGAAAUAGACUCUUUCUAAAGUAACUGAUGAUAAAUCAAAAGGAUCUAAGGCAUUUACUUAAAAAUGGAGUUAAAUGAAAUUUAGUUAAUUCUGUGAGUCAGAUGCUAAAACUGGAUUAAAUAAAGAUUAUUUAAUUAAUUUAGCUAAAUAAUCAGUUGUUAUUAGACCAAACUUUAAUCUUCAUCCUAGAUUAUAGAAAUAUUUUAUUGAUGAUCGUUUAGAUUAGAUUAAAAAUAACUCUAUUGAUUGGGCUACAUGUGAAACAAUAGCUGUUGGAUCUUUAUUAGAGGAAGGUUUUAAUGUAAGAUUAAGUGGAGAAGAUGUUGAAAGAGGAACUUUUAGUUAAAGACAUUGGGCAUUUAUUGAUUAGAAAACAGAAGAGAAAUGGAUUCCUAUGUAAAACUUUGCAGAUGCUAAAUUAUAAGGAAGACUUUAAGUGGCUAAUAGUCCUUUAGCUGAAGCUUCAGUAAUGGGUUAUGAAUUUGGAUAUUCAUUAGAAAAUCCAAAUAAUUUAGUAAUGUGGGAAGCUUAAUUUGGAGACUUUUAUAAUACAGGUUAACAUAUGUCUGAUACUUUUAUUACAUGUGCAGAAGAAAAAUGGAUGAGGUAAAGUAGUUUAGUAUUACUUUUACCUCAUGGUUAUGAUGGUGCAGGUCCUGAACAUUCAAGUUGUAGAAUGGAAAGAUGGUUAUAAUAAGGAGUUUAAAAUUAAAACUUUUAAUUUGCUAUUCCAUCUAAUCCAAGUUCUAUUUUUCAUCUUUUAAGAAGAUAAAUGCAUAGAUAAUUUAGAAAACCAUUAAUCAUUGCUAAUGCCAAAUCAUGUAAAUUAUUUAAUUUAUUUUUAAGUAUUAAGAUCAAAUAAAGCUAAAUGUACUUUUGAAGAUUUAACUGAAAAUAAUUCAUUUUAAAGAAUUAUCACUCAUAAAAAAGGUCAUUCUAUUAAUAAAGUUAUUUUCACUUAUGGAAAAUUUGUUUAUGAUUUACUAGAAUAAUUUGAAAAAAGAAAUGCUGAUAAUUAUGUCAUUUUUACAUUUGAAUAAUUAUUACCUUUUCCUAAAAAUGAAUUAGAACAAGGAUUAAAGUAAAUUAGUAAAGAUGCUAAAUUUUAUUUUGUUUAAGAAGAACCUCAAAAUUAAGGUGGUUUUAAUUAUUGUCAACCUUUUAUUGAUUAAAUUAUGACAUCUUUACAAUUUACCUCUAAAUCAAUAAAUUAUAUUGGUAGACCUGAAUGUCCUUGUGUUGCUGUUGGAGCUACUGUUUUACACAAAUAAGAAUUACAAAAUAUUGUUAAAUAAAUUGAUAGUAUAUUAUGA